CGUUGGGGCAGGUGCGCCAUUUUGGCUCAAACAGUCAGAAUUUACUUUCUUUGCAAUUUCAUAUUUUUUUGGCAUGCUGCGAACAUCGCUUAAUAUUUUUGUUAAUUGUUGGGAUGAGAUCAUGUUUCACCACAUUCUGUAUUUAGUGUUUUGUUUCCUAUGAGAACAAGUGUAACGUUCUGGUAGCAUUAGCCUCACCAAGCUACAUGCUAGUUAGCUGUGUCGUUCGAUUGCAUCGCCAACAACACUGGCUGAUGGUUAGCUUGUUAGCUACAUUUAGCUGUUUUGACUUGUUAGCUCGCUAGAUAUGGGUGGGUGCUCCGCUCCAAAUUGCUCAAACUCAACAACCAUUGGGAAGCAACUGUUUCGUUUUCCAAAAGAGCCUAUACGUAAGAAGAAAUGGCUUGUAAACUGCCGGCGUAAUUUUCUACCAACUCCACAUUCCAGACUGUGUCAGAACCAUUUUGAGCUGAGUCAGUUUGAAGAAAUCGCCAGGUCGCCAGCAGGGGGAAAGAAGCUGAAACCAAAUGCCAUCCCCACUCUUUUCAAUGUGCGAGAUCCACCUUAUCCCGUAACCCCACAGAUAGUGCUACCACUCAAGCCAGAGCCAGUGGAGAGGGAUCUCAAUGUGGGGGAUCAUGGCUACGCACGACGGCAAACAACUCUGGGCAUGGAGGAAGAUGAUGCUGAUGAACUACACAAGGCAGAGGAACGUCCCUGCAUCCAUUGUCAACAUUACAGAACACUGCUGGAACAAGAAAUGCAACACACAGCCAGAUUACAGAAAGAGGUAGAGGAAAUGAAAAAGCGAAUGUUCAGACUGGACAGAAUAGAGAGGGGCCUCCAGACAUUUCUGUAUGAAGACCAGGUCCGCGCCCUGACACUGACCAAGCGUUCCCGGAGAGCUGUGUGGUCCCACGAGACAGUGCUGAAGGCCCGUAAGAUCCGAUGUGCGGUCGGUGGCAAAGGUUAUGAAUUCCUCCGGGAGUUUGGCUACCCCCUGCCCUCUUAUAGAACUUUAUGCAACCGCCUGGAUAACAAAAUCAUGUUGACAACAGCCAUGGGGUGUGAUGAGCUGGCAGAGCUAGGUCUAGGAAUCAUAUCCACAUGUGAUAGUCCAGAGGGAGAUGGGGACGAUGAGGCUUUCAUUGGAGUGAUCUCAUGAAAGAGAGAUUUU